GUCCCAAUUGUUGUCUUGUGCCGCAGGCAGUGCUUUUCAGGUCGAAGGUCACUCUCUGGACAAACCAGUUUACCGACGCAAGGACACAAAGUACAAGUAUGGCAGAAAGCAAAGAAGGACGAUUAACAGGGCGACUGGCUCUUGUGACUGGUGGUGGGAGUGGUAUUGGCCGAGCCGUGUGCCAGGCCUUCGCUAGGGAAGGAGCCAAGGUGGUUGUUGCAGACAUCAACGGCAGCGCCGCCAAGGAGACUUUGUCAUUACUGCAGGGCGAUCCAAAAAGCCACCGACAGUAUGAAGUUGACGUGCUAUCUUCAGAGGCGGUCCAAGAGAUGUUUAAAGUGGUUUGCAGUGAGUACAAGGCGGCGCCUAGUAUCGUGGCACCUGUGGCAGGAGGGACCCCCCUGGGGGUUGGGAAUAUACUGGACAUGUCGGAGAAGUCCUUCAACCUCACGAUAGAUCUCAAUCUCAAGGGGACGUUCCUGACCGUGAAAGCUGCUGCAAAGGCGAUGGUUGACAACAAUGUUAACAACGGCUCUAUCAUCACGAUAUCCAGUAGGGUAGCGGAGACUCCUAGGGCUGGAUGGUCCAGCUACAUAGCGGCAAAGGCGGCCGUGCAACAAUUCACCAAAGUUGCGGCAUUAGAGCUGGCUGAACAUGGCAUCCGAUGUAAUUCUGUUCUUCCGGGAGCAACCAGAACGCCUUUCUUGGACCAACUUACAGGCAAGGGAGGGCCACUUCAAGACCACUACAAAGCAUCGAGUGGAACCGGGAUACCCAUGGGUCGAUUUGCCGAGCCGAAUGAAGUCGCCAAUGUCAUCACUUUUCUGGCCUCGGAUGAGAGCAGCUAUGUAAGCGGGGCGUCCAUAAAGGUGUCAGGGGGGUUGCAGUGAAUGCUGUAUGCUGUUUGUGGCGUGAGGACGACACGUGAGAUACUAGUAGCAGGAGAUUAACAUAGGUGGCGGGAAUGAAACUGGAGAUCGGUAUAUUAUAGAGGGGUGGGUUUGAGGGCAUAACAAUACGAAAUCGGACCAGAAUCAGAGGAUAUCUGGAGGAAUCGCAGGUCAUACUCUUACCUCUGCCAUUACAAUAUAGCAUGGGUUACAUUUUACCCCGUAAGAAAGAUUUAAUCCGCAACAGAUCGGGAACAUUCUCAGGACAAUCGUCAACAUGUCGCACAGAAUUCGCGAGUCUUAAAAAAAAAGAAAGGUUGUGAAGAUUGCUAUAGAUCCUGGUUUAUAGUUUCUCUACAUGAAAAGCUAUUUCUGUGGUCAUUUAGAUAGAUCACAGAACACUUAUAUAUACAAGUACAGUAAGCAGUGUUAUGUUCGGAUAUAAAUUACAGUCUUGUUUUUGGUGCGCGAUGUGCAUACGAUAGAUAGAGAAUCCCUGGAUGAAUUGAGACGCCAUCUUUUUAUGUUAGAAAUAUUCAUAACUAAUGUAAGGUAGGUUGGUGUGGGUUGUAUUUGCUGAGGGUGUACUACGAGCUAUAACUCAGUAUCGAUCUUUCAUUUUCAUUUGAGUACUUGUCUAUUUUCGUGACUACUAUACUUAGAUAU